CAACGGAAAUCGACUCUAUAAAUUCACUACAAGAAUCGAUUCCUAAUGUUAUCCCAUUAAGAAUCGACGCAAAUGGAGAUAAUCGAACCGGGAAUCGAAUUUCUCUGCACCACGUGACUUGAGAAACGGAAACACGUGGGUCCCAGGUGGGUGUCAUGGCGGUGCGAGAACUCUUCUCGAGACUUGGCCUACUCUUCCUCUCCGUCCUCCACCUCGUCACGUGCACACACGCUGCGACUCCCCCUCUGAAUGUCCGCGUGGAGUCUCGCGACCUGCUGACGCAACUCCGCUGGGACCACGACGCUCAAGUGGACGUCGCCACCAGCAGCAGCUCACAGCUCCUGGACGUUGCCUACAGGGUGGACAGCAAACUCUAUGGACGAGCCCGCUGGCGGACCGUCUGCGCUGCCACCGCAGAGACACGGUGCGAUGUCUCCUCAGCGCUGCGACAUCCCGGCGACCGCUAUCAACUUCGCGUCAGAUCCACCGUCUCAUCACCACCACCAACACCACCAUCAUCCUCACCCUGGGUCGUGGUUGAGGUCUUACCCUUGAAGACAACCGUGCUGAGUGCUCCCACUGUCACCUUGGUGCUGCACAAGAAAUCGACGGAGGAGGAGGAGGACGGUGACGAUGACGAUGAUGAGGAGGAGGAGUGCCGUCAUGAGGAUGAGGGCUACGAAGACGAUGACGACCACAAAGAUGACUACGACGAUGAUGAUGACGGUGACGUCGCUGAUGGUGUGGACCGUGUCAACAACCACCACAGCGAUGACGAUGAUGAUGAUGACGGUGACGUCGCUGAUGAUGACGGUGACGGUGAUGACGGUGACGGUGACGAUGAUGAUGAUGUGGACCGUGUCAACAACCACCACAGCGAUGACGAUGAUGAUGAUGACGGUGACGUCGCUGAUGAUGACGGUGACGAUGAUGACGGUGACGACGACGAUGAUGACGGUGACGGUGACGAUGAUGAUGAUGUGGACCGUGUCAACAACCACCACAGCGAUGACGACGAUGACCACGACGAUGAUGACGAUGAUGACGACGACGAUGAUGAUGAUGAUGAGGAGGAGGGCGGCGGAGUGGUGGGAGCUCUCCGUGGGGAUCUCCAUGAGGAGUGCGUGGAGGAGGAGAAUGGCGCUUGCGACGUGGUGCACCACCAGGAAGCAGAGAUCUCCACGAGGGGGGGUGGCACUACCAGCACGAUGAGGGAUCACUUUGUGGGAUGUCGCUACCACCACGCGGUGCCCCCGUCUGGAGGCGAGGUUGAGUACUGCGUCCGCGUGAGAAUUGUGGCCGACUACCCCCGGUGGAAGACAGGGGAGUGGUCUCCACUGUCCUGUGUCUCCGUCCCUCCACCACACAGCGCCGUGGGGGCAUAGUGCCGGCUGCUGCUGGAGAAGGGUGACUGCUGCUGCUGGGCUGUGCGCGAAUCGUCACGUCAGCGGCCCACGGCGUAGACGAGCGGGGGGCACCUAAAGGGAGAAGUUCACGGAAGGGGGGGCCCCG